CCGACUAAAAACAUACGAAAACAUCAGAGCUAGCAAAACGAACUCAAAACUGCAGGUGUUUUUAUUUACGUGCAACAAUGGCACAUCGGCUGUCGCACUUGAGAUCCUUCGGAGUAAAAUUUUCGGAAAAUUAUAGGGUUGCACAGAUACAGCCUCUAAUCCAUCAUGGAGUUGUAACAGUACAGUCAAAGUUUAACGACACUAAAUGCAACUACUCUUCCACUUCGUUCAACAAAAACGAAACAACUGGAGGAAGGGGUGUGGCGGCUUUAACUGUUGCUGGAGCUACCAUCCUUGCAGCUGGUCUGUAUUUGAGGAAUAGAAACGCAAAACAUACUAUCCAGAAGAACCAGCCUUUUAAAGUUGGAAAAGUGUUUGCCUCUGAGGGAAUAGAAUGUGGAAAACUUAAGUCAGAACUGCCACUCUACACAAAAGCAGAUGUAGCUGCCCACAGCACUAAAGCAACUGGCAUCUGGGUCACAUAUGGCAAUGGUGUGUAUGAUAUCACUAAAUAUGUAGAGGAGCACCCAGGGGGAAAUAAAAUUCUGUUAGGAGCCGGGAAAUCAAUUGAGCCCUUUUGGAGCAUCUACUCUGUUCAUAAAACUGAAGAAGUGUAUGAGAUCCUUGAAGGUUUCAGAAUUGGAAACAUCACAGAGGUUGAUGCUAAAACAUCCAAAGACUCAAGUGAUCCCUAUUGCAGAGACCCAGAGCGUUCACCAUUAUUGAUUACAAGUUGUGAGAAACCUUACAAUGCUGAGCCGCCCUCACAGAUACUGGCUGAUAAUUUUCUGACUCCAAACAAUGUGUUUUUUGUGAGGAACCAUCUCCCGGUGCCUUGUGUUACUCUGGAUGAUUACUCCUUGCUGCUGCAAACCCCCACGUGUCAGGUCUCGUUAAGCUAUGACGAGCUAAAGAGUAAAUUCACCAAGAAAUCAGUGACCGCGGUAACUCAGUGCGCAGGUAAUCGUCGCAGUGAGAUGGUUAAUAUCAAACCUGUCAAGGGACUUAACUGGGGUGUGGCGGCGAUCAGCAAUGCCAAAUGGUCAGGUGUUACCUUGAAUGACCUAUUACGACAUUAUGGUGUGGACAUUGAUACCUUAACCUGCAAAUACAUAGUCUUUGAAGGUUUGGAUUUGUGUCCCGAUGGUGCUCCCUACGGAGCAUCCAUUCCUUUAGAGUUGGCUAAAUCUUUAAAAAAUGAAAUCAUCAUUGCCUAUGAGAUGAAUGGGGCUGUUAUCCCACGUGACCAUGGGUUCCCAGUUAGAGUGAUGAUUCCUGGAGUUGUUGGUGCUAGACAGGUUAAAUGGUUGAAAAAAAUUUACUUCAGUCCUGAGGAGAGCACAUCACACUGGCAGAGAUUGGAUUACAAAGGAUUUAAUUCUUCCAUUGAUUGGCACAAUGUGGAUUUUAGUAAGGCAAUGUCUAUAACUCAAAUGCCAGUGACUUCAGGCAUCUGUGACCCUACAGAAGGCUCAUUUGUAGAUCCUGGAUUAGAAGAGGUAGAGGUGCGUGGUUACGCCUGGUCUGGCGGUGGCCGUGGCAUAAUUAGAGUAGAUGUUUCAGCAGACGGAGGAGCCACCUGGCACGAAGCCAAGCUGAAACCUAACGGCCAGACCCUGUACACCUCUUAUGCCUGGACUCUGUGGGAAGCCAGCGUGCCCCUGCCAAAAAGUGUUUCCAAGACCACCCUGAUUGCCAAAGCGACAGACGUCUCAUACAACGUGCAGCCAGACUCUGUGGAGGGCAUCUGGAAUCUUCGUGGCGUGCUCAGCAACGCCUGGCACAGAGUCAACAUCAACCUGGCGCAGGACUCAGCGAACCCCCCAGCAGCAGCAGCUGCAUGUUGAGGCAUGGGCAGCGACGGCCUAGAAACAUAUAUCAAGUAUUAACUAAUUAUUCUCUUGACUAAUGUUGCUUUGCAACUUCACUUCACAUGGGUUGUGUUGACAGGUUUCCAUGUACAAUAACUUGCCAUUCCACUUUACAACACAUCAAAAAACCUGGGUGGAUGUGUUCUUGAUCAUUGUGAUAAUUUAUAUUGCAUUUACUGAAUGUCCAUUAGAAUACACUAUUUAAAUAUACAAUUAUUUAUAUUUCAUUGUUAACAAAGUAUAUUAAACAUAAAGGCUGCUUACUAAUUAACAAUUAAAUGUGAUGAAAAGGAAAUACUUUAUUUUAAACCUCAACUUUUUGCAGGUAACUUAUCUAACUUCCUUGUGAGAGAUUAAGAGUGCAUUAAACCCAUGUCUUUAAUCUACACUUGAAAUGUUGGAACCAUUGUUUCUAUUUAUCUUUUGCUCUAUUUACUGUGCCAUGACUUUGAAUUUCCUUGUUGGCUAAGAUGGAAGAUUAUCAAGUACUCAAUAAAUCUAGCAUAAUUUCUAUUAAUUAAUUGGAAUAUCUUUUUUAAAACAUGCUUUUGUUUUGAUAGGGAUCUGAAAUUUUUGUUUUGUUUUAUUUUCUAAGUGGCUAUUGCUAUUCAUCGUUAUUAUUUUAUUUCUUUACUGGUAUAUUUCAUGGCCUGGUCCAAACACUAGUACUACUGCCAUCAUUUAAUUUUUUGAUUGACAUCAACUACUUAUUUGUAUGGUGUUACCAUCAACCUGUUAGAGACCCUCACCUAUUUGUUUGACAGCCACCAUAAACUUUCUGACGAGUACCACCACAAUGACAGCUGUGCCAUCUGUUUCUCUCCUGCUGCUUGUGUAGUUGGUGGCUUCCUUUCACAGCUGUUACCAUGUACAUAAAGGGGAAAAAACUCCACUCAUACUGGAUUAAGGGCUUUUGAUUUGUGUUUUAGUUCUAUUCACAGUUUCAAAAGGUAUCUUUUUAAGUUACAAACUAUUGAACCAUUUUUAAGAUAGUGUAAACAUGUGCUAACUGUAUUCCAAUUUGUAUUUCAUACUGUUAUGUGUGAUCUAAAAUGUUUCAAAACUUGUUAUUUACACCCCAUAACACCUUAAGAUGCCUAUUUUUUGUUAUCGGUGUCUAAAAAAUGUGUUGCUUGGUGCUUCUACUAUAGUUUGAUCUAUCUAAUUAGGAUUAUUUAAUAUCCUUUACUUAUCUAACUUAUUGUUUAAAUCACAUUAUAUUACUGUUGGAUUCUGCUGUUUAGUAUUUUCCCAAAUGUUGAACAGAUAAUAUAUUCAGUUAUGGUGGACAUUUUCAAUUGAAUUAUAUUGCUCAUGUCUUCUAAUCUCUUUGCGUCUAUACUUCUUAUGGGGACAUAGAAAUUAAGGAAACUCCUUGAUCUUAGACUCCGUAAUUGAACAUGAUCUAUUAUCUUGAGAAACUAUCCCCCAUAAAAAAUUACAAAUUUAGAAGGUGAUAUCUAAAUAAACUGUCUCAAGGCCUGCUACUGUUUAAUGGUCUACCCUUGUUAUUUUUUGUUGUAAACACAAAGUAUUCAGAUAUUUUUGCCAGUGAGCUUUACAUCAUCAUGUGCAUUAAUUGUUUUAAUACUCCAUUGAACAUAAAGACAUAAUAAUUUGAAUUACUAACAUAUGUAAGGUCAAGGAUUGUUUUAAUCAGAAUUAUUAUGUAAUCAAUUUUUGGUAUUGUAUAGGGCUGUAUAUCAAUACUUACUGUCAAUACUACACAGUUUAAUACAUUCAACUGCUUACCCAUAUAGGAUAUAUUGUAUAUAGCUUUACUGAUUAACCGAACAUUACCAUUUUCACUGUCGCAUCUUGUAAUCUUACUAAAUAAUUUUCACUUUGAAUGAGGCGUAUAAAUUAUCUAUGAUCAUUCUUUUUUCAUUUACUUGUAAAAGUUAAAAAAAUUUUUAAAAAUCUUUUGAGUAAAUAAUACUAUCACAAAAGAUUUUCAAAUUAAACAAAGCUAUAUUUUCUAGUACAUUUGUGGGUAUUUGAAGACUUCUAUUUAUAUUGUUUCAAUAUCUGCACUGUUGUAACAUGCUUUUAUUGGGCCUGUUGGUUAAUUUAUUGUUUGUUGAUUGCCUACUUCUGUUUAUUGUUGAAUUUUGUCUUGGCAAAUUGAAUAAACUUAA